UGUGGCACGUAUUUGUGUGCACCUGAGGUACGCUCCACAGAAGCUCGCUGCACCCCUCGACCUUACCGAAGCUGAGAACUGGGGAGCAGUGUUGUUGAAGCGUAGAUGACACACAGUCCUUAUUCCUAGGACGCUCGCAAUGCUUGGUCUCUCUUCCUAGGGGCGGUAUGAAGGAGAACGAUCGCCGGGCGGGCACUGAAGAACUUCUUCUACCGCAAGGAGGGAGUGAGACUGUCGAUCACGCUGCUGGUUCGGCUCAAUUAGGCCCAAGCGCCCGGAGACAGGCAAGGGUCUUCUUGGGUGGCAAUAAGUUGGGAUCAAUUGCGAAUUGCAUAUCGGCCAACCAUGAUCGUAGAGUCCACGCGCUCAUAGGAGCAAUGAUCACAAAUACUGGAGACGUGGUGCACUAGCCCGGGUGCAUGAGAUUGACGAUAGCAGCAUACUGCUGGUAC